GAAAAAAAAAAUAGUAAAAAUUGGGCGCCGUCUGUAUGCGUUGUACGUCAAUGUUUACGUGUAUAAAAGUAUCGUUAAUGUCAUCUGCAUGUGUACUCGAGGCAACUGAAUAUGCAUGUUUCAAUUUCAGUAGUAAAGAUUAUUGACCUGAAAGAAGUAAGGGUUUUUCCUCAUCCUUAACGUUAUUUAUAGCUAGAGAAUAUAUAGCUAACGUUACCUAGUCUACGUACCAACGAUAACGUUAAUAAUGGAAGGCUUGAUUUUCCCCUUUAUGUAGGCUAGCCUAACAUUAGCUAGCUAUGAUGCUGUAACGUUACCUAUCUAAUAUUGGUGCAUAGCGACGUUUGUUUUCAAAACAAUUAACGUUAGCUCUAGCCAAAUUAACUAGCCUAGCCACGCAUAAACAGGCGGUGGAGAUCCGGCUGAAUCUUGCAGGAAACUACGGACUAUUUAUAAUGCAUUAGCCUGUUAUCCAGCGCAUUACGGUUUUUAUUUUUUUAUAGUUAUUGGCUGCUUUUAAAAAUUUGAUCACUUUUGCUUUUCAUAAUUUAGCUAGCGAAUUAUUUUACAUUAUUUAAGUAACUUUAGCUAGUGUGUGUUCGUGGUGUUUGCCUUCACGUUAGCUUGGUGUAGUUGGUGUAACAUUAUGCUCGAAGUGCUUUUUGUUAAGUACCAGCUAGCUUAGAUAGCGACGAACCUAAACAAACCUAGCACCAUCUAACUUCAAUUGGCUGCCUGCUGAGCGUGGGUUCUUAAUAGAAAAUGAAGUGAACUUUUAUAAAUUAACAACGGAAGUAUUGGCCUGUUCUUAUUAACGGACCAACUUGAAACUGACAAAAAUUGGUUUGCCAAUCACUUUGGGGAAGACGAAUCAAAGAGAUUCAUUUGGGGAGAUAUGGUUAAUGUUACAGCAUAGCUUGUACAGCAAGUAUGGAAUGAAGUAUCGUUGAAAGAGAUGAGGAAAAUACGUUGGGAAGCACUGUGAAGACAAUUUCAGAAGUAGAAACCACGUAGGGGAGUGGUGGAGAGAUUGGGGAUGAUAUCUUCCCCUCCAAACUUGCACCCCCAAAUUGUUUUCCCAAUGGAAGGAGAUGCUGAGGUUCCCCCUGUCCCUGUGUGCCUCUGCUCUCAGAGAAAACCUCAGCCUUGCUCCCAGUCCCUGUCUUCUGUCACAUGCAGGUGCACAUGUGAUGGUAGGGGAGGAAAAGAUAGGAAGCGGAGGAGUGGACGCAUGCAGGUCACCAAAGAGCGAGAGAAAAGACAGAAUGGAGAGAGUGUUCAAAUGAAGAGCAGACAGACCUCUUCUCCUGCAGAGAGGGAGCUAGGCGGUAGAACAGAAGGAUGUUCCCGAGUGGAAACUGGAAGUGAAAUGACAAAGCACAAAACCAGAGGGGCUCAUACGGGUGAAGGGACGCUCACCCCUCCCACACUCUACAUGCAGGAACGCAGUACUAGAAAGCUGGGACCUGACCUACAGCCCAGCCAAUCCGCAAUGGAAACAGGGCCUGACCUCCCACCCAGCCAAUCAGCAAUGGAAAUGGGGCCUGGCCUACAGUCCAGCCAAUCAGCAAUGGAAACCAGGCCUGACCUACCACCCAGCCAAUCAGCAAUGGAAACAGGGCCUGACCUACAGCCCAGCCAAUCAGCAAUGGAAACCAGGCCUGACCUACCACCCAGCCAAUCAGCAAUGGAAACAGGGCCUGACCUACAGCUCAGCCAAUCAGUAAUUGAAAGCCCACCUCCCAUGAAGAGAUGGGUGAUUGGUCCGUUUUUUCAGUCAUUCAAGUCGAAGAUGGCCAGCUUUACAGAAAUCGUAAUGAGUCCAGUUCGACUUUUCAUACCCAGUUGCCCCUCGGCACCCUCAGAUACACUCUUGGACCUCCAGAAUCGUUGCCCAGACAGUGUCUGCAACAGCCAUAAUGGGCAUUUCUCUGAAGAAAAAACAGGAGAAAGCCUGAACAUCCAGAGACAUUUGGAACCAAAAAGUAAAAAUGAAGACUGCACUGAUUCUGGUUUGCCUCAGGCUGAGGGACAGAUCUAUGGAGGGGAAGUGGGGAAAAAGUCAGGGGAUCUUCAUCAGCCUCAGACUUCUUCAACACAAGCAAACAGCUCCAGUACAGAGAAAGUGCAGCUUGCCUCUGUUCGGAGGCUCCACUUUGACACCGAAACAAAAGCUGGAGACCGUUUUGAAGAGGAAGAAAGUUUUCAUGCAGAGAAACAAAAUUCCAAUGUGACCCCACACACACACAGCCAGCGGGAUUGUGACAUGUUUCCUAGCAGCAGGGAGGAGAGACUGAGGGAACCUCCUUGCUUUGGGCAAAGUAGUCAACUUGCCAGAACCGAAUUCCCCCUGGAUUUUGACCCAGCUGGUUCCCUGACCAGAUCAGACUCCUGUCGCCCAGAAUCCCCCAGAACCAGCCGUAGGUCCAGCAUGCACUUAAGUACUUCCAAAGAAUAUCGCUCAGGUAAAGGGGCACACUUGCAACGGCCAUGCCCAAAAAGCAUCACUCCAAGUAAUAUUUAUCCUAAUCGUGCACUCAAACGAUCGCCUUCAUCUGAUCUGUUCACUCACACUUCCCCUAAAAAAGCUCCACUUUCCUCCGAUGAAGCUUUAGGAUUUUGUGAGGAAAAGUGUUCCUUCGGAGAUGAACCACCUGGUCUUGAGGCAAACGCCAGUGGGUGCUCAAGUACUUUAAGUGCGUCCUUUUACUUCACACCUCCUGUAUCCUUAGAAGCUAAGCCGGGAGCUCAACCAUUGGCGGCAGGUGAAGAUGGCUCAUCUUUAACUACCUGCAGGGGUACAGCAGAACAUGAAAUGCACAGGUCUCUGGAUGAAUGUGAUUCAUUACCAAACAAGACCCCAUUCACCACUACAGGCUCCCCUGGUCGAGAUUCAGUUCCGGUCCUGGCAGAUAAUCUGGUAGGAGCUCGGGAGGUGGGUGGAGAACCUGGAAAACAAAAUCCUGUGCUGAUCCCGUCCCUACAAGCCAGGCCCCCAAUGAGGGCUUCACUGCAGGGAGGAGGAGGAAUGAUGUCCUCAGAGGAAACUCAGGGGGAACCACAGACUUGCCCAGAAAAAAACUGCGAGAUGCAUGAAAUUGUAAAAGUCAAGAGAGGUGGUAAAAGGGGGAAAGGGUUGAAUAAGAAAAGAAACAAUGUUAUGAAAGAAAAGAAUGAGUUACUGAUGGUAACGGAUGGAGAAGCCAGGGAAGAGGUAAGAUCAGAUCAGAACAGUAGGAUUAGGAUGGUCUUAGAUGCUGACCUCCAUAGGUCCCUUCGUUCCAGGCGAGUACUUGGAAGGAACAGUCAAGAUACUUGUUUGAUGGAAGCAAAUGGAAGCCGGAGAAAGAAUCUAAAAGUAGAAAGUCCGUCCAUCACAGAGGUUGCUCCAACAAUGAGAGGGAAAUGCCCAGAUUCUAUGAUGGGAUCAUCUGUGGGAUUUAAAGAUUGUAGCACUGGUAAUAGCAGCACAGAGGACAGUAUGACUGCAAGUAGAGCCGUAAGUCAAGGUAAAAAUGUCAACAGUAGAAAAUUAAGAAGUUGCAUGCUUGCCUUAGAGGAUAUUAGACAUUCUCCAAAUGACUUAAGCUAUGACUCUGCAAGGAUAACCACUGGGACUAGAAGCAAAGAGGAGGAUAACACUGGAAUCAAGAAAUUGGACACUCUGCUUGAGGAUCCACGACCCAAGUGCCCACGGAGGGAAUGUCAAUGUUGCAGGCAUAGGGAAGUUACGCCGGGAAUAGACAAAAAUCCUAUGCUGAAUUGGAAGUGUCUGGCUAUACAGGAGAGGAAUAGAACUACUGUGCCGUCUGAAGUGCCCAGAGAGAGUCAAGAAAGCCAUGGUAGUGAGCCUUGGAGCCAGAACAAACUUGUGAGGCUAAGACACAGGCUAAAAAAUUAUGCUGACACAGAAAAGGGGGUCAGAAGAGAAGAGCGUCAGCUUCUCAAAGGGACUUGUGAAAAGGAGAUUGAGUUGAAAAGAGAAACAACACAGUUCGGCGAUGAGAGCAGUUCUUGGGAUCUGGAGCCCAAAGAGGAAGUGAUAACGGGGGGAACCAGUAUUCAGGCAGGAGGAAACUCACCAGUACAUGGCAGAUCCCAGGAUCAGCCCGGAAUGCCCACACUGAUGCGGAUGGACAGGAAGGGAGUGGGCAGCAGAGAGAAGGGCAAGGAAGGAACUACAGGAAAGGUAUCCUCUUUAUCCCCGACAACAAAUGCCAAACACACGCUUCCUGAAGCCAAUGAUGACUUGAAGCCUGGCAAGGUGCACAGGCUAAUCAAAAAGGUGCCACAGGAGAGAAGGGGGAAAAAGUUGAAGCAAAGGGAUAGGAUGCGAACGCCAGAAGGAACUCCAAAAAGGAAAAGCAGACCUUGCUUGAGAGCCACAUGUGAAAAGGAAGACUUUCCCAACAAAGGUGAGCAGUCGAAGGACACCGGCUCUUUUGAAAAGCCAGGUUGCGACUCCCUGCACACCGGCUUACAGCGAAGCUCCUCCUGUCCAGAGAUCCCCUCCCUCUGUCAUGACGGCCACUGGACCAGCCCCCUGCUCCUUUCAGCCCCACACCGCCAGCAUCACCGCUCGCCUCUCCAUCAUCGCCUUCCCAUUCCUCUGCCUCCCUCCUCAGCCAAACGCGCUCGCAGACACACUGUCUGCAGUCUGGAAGUGGAGCGAGAGAUCGCCCCCCUGUGUUUGCGUAAGGAGGUGCACCCCACUGGGUGGGGACGGCAGUACUACAACCCCAUCUUCUCUGCGUCCUCCGCAUCCUUCAUCUCCCUGGCCUCCCGCUUUCUGUCAAGUCCCCUGGCUUUCCUCUCCAGGAAGUCAGAGGAAAGCAGUUUGCGCAGCAUCACCAGCAGUAGCAGCGCUUGUAGUUGUGAUGUCACAGUCUCCUCCAGUGAUGCCGCCACCCCCUCCACUUCCUCCCCGGCUUCCUCCCUGGUCUGUCACCUGGUCCCUGGCUCCACUUCCUAUUCCCUCCCCAGAUCCAGCCAAUCCCCCGCCUCCAUUUCUUCAGUUUGCAGCGUAUUCCCACAGGUUGCAUCAGCUGGUGGGACCGAGGCCAAGCGGCAGGCAGAGGGGACCUGCUUCACACCAGAGCGUGAAGCCAUCGAGCCACUGGAUGAAAAGUCCUUCUCAGACACUGAAAUUAAGGUUGGGAGGGCGAAACAAGGUGAGCGUGGAAAGGUUUCACGCAUCAAAAUUCGCAAAACCCCGCCAAAACCACCCACCAACCUCACGCCGAUGGGUCUCCCCCGUCCCAUCAGGCUGAAGAAGAAGGAGUUCAGCCUGGAGGAAAUUUACACCAACAAGAACUUUCAUAAGCCAGCAGAAGGGCGGCUUGAAACUAUAUUUGAAGUUCCAACCAGCAGUUGUGAUGGAUCUCUGUCCCUGUUUGGCUCCCGGCGUUUGAAACGAUUGGUGAAGUUCCCCGAGCUGGGUGUGGCCAGGAAACCAAGGAAACUGUUGUCGGGGUUGGGGAAAGGAGGCUCCCGGAAGGCAGGGGACAGCUUGAUCGUUGGCAGGACUCGGCGUGGGCGAGGCCCGAGAGCUAAAGAAGGCCCUUCUCAUACUGCGGAGGACCUCCAUUCACUGCUGUGUUCCAAACUCGACCAAUUAGAUGCCUGGGUGGCUUUUGACCAGGCGGCUCUAUGAGCCUGAGAACCAAUCAGAAUCCUUGAAUCCUAAAAAGCCCGGUCUCUGGGUUAACGCUACUCUUGGCACUGAGCAAACGGGGGCUUUAAGCACUUUGGAUCUUGAUGACCAGGCCUGAAUGUUUCUGCGUGCCUGUAAUUUGAAAGCAGUCAUGCAUGAAGAAUUUAUAUUUCCAUUAUGGAUGUAGCAUAUAUUGUAGACCGAUUGUAUAUUCCAAAAAGUGUGCAGCUUUGAUUUUAUUUUUUUUAUAUUGCCUUUUAUCAGUGAUUUUGUGUGCACCAGGAUUGUUUCCUGCAUUUAAUUUAAAAAAGCAGGAUUUUUUACUGUAUGUAAUUUAUCAUAAGCACUGCUGGAUGAACCUGGUCUGAUCCUCCCAUUCCUCCCAUUCACUUAAGGCUGAUUUAUGCUUUGGCGACGAAGUGUCUACAGACUGAACUGUGUCCAUUUAUAGUUCAGCAACUGUGCAUUUUUACUAUGGCAACCAGCUUCUUCAGGAAUUUGUCCAUUUUGCUAGCUAACUAUCAAAAUAAAACGUCUUCAUUCAUAAAAAUGAAUGAAGACGUAGCCUAGUAAACUAGUAUUAAGUACGAAAACCUGUUGUCUUCAUUUCAGUCAACUUAUCACGGCUGUGCAACACUUCUGACAGUCGUCUGUGACCUUACAAAUAUCUACAGGUACAGGACAGCCAGCGUCAACGCUCAAAAGCCAAAGCAAACUAAUUUGCUUUUUUUUUGUCUGCGGACACAUCCCAGACACUUCGAAGCAUAAAUCAGCCUUUAGUCUAGUCCUAGUUCAGCACUGGACCAUUCAGCACGGCUUAGCGGUAACAUGCUAACCGGUAUUCCGCAUAGCUCAGCACUAACAUACUAACCGCCUUUCAGCCCGCCUGCCUCUAACCGCCUUUCAGCCCGCCUGCCUCUAACCACCUUUCAGCCCGCCUGCCUCUAACCGCCAUUCAGCCCGCCUGCCUCUAACCGCCAUUCAGCCCGCCUGCCUCUAACCGCCAUUCAGCCCGCCUGCCUCUAACCGACAUUCAGCCCGCCUGCCUCUAACCGCCAUUCAGCCCGCCUGCCUCUAACCGCCAUUCAGCCCGCCUGCCUCUAACCGCCAUUCAGCCCGCCUGCCUCUAACCGACAUUCAGCACGGCUCGCCACUGACGUGCAAACCGCAUUCGGCAUGACUCGUCCUUAACCAAUUUCAUGGUUUUCAAUACAUCACAUGAAUUCAGGAGAAAUGACAAAAAUGACACAUUUGGCCCAGGUCUGGCUGUACUUGGCCAUCUGAGGGAAUGUAUGUAAGCCGGAUGGGAGACCAGUGCUUUGAACCUAGCAGCUUGUUUGAUUGGUGCAGAACUCCUCUUUGAACCUGGCAGCUUAUUUGAUUGGUGCAGAACUCCUCUUUGAACCUGGCAGCUUGUUUGAUUGGUGCGGAACUCCUCUUUUAACCUGGCAGCUUGUUUGAUUGGUGCAGAACUCCUCUUUGAACCUGGCAGCUUGUUUGAUUGGUGCAGAACUGCUGAAGGUUUGCUCUCAGACUGCAGGGACACCAGGGACAACCAGACUGGGGUGAACUGCUCUACAAUGCAGGCACUGGUUGACCUGGUUGUCAAUACCAUUAUUAGUGGGGUUUUGUUAUUUGGUUGUCUGAUUUGAUACAUUAUCACGUUGAAAUAUAGUCUUGGGCCAAAACUGGUCAUUGAGUACAGGGUAUUUUUCACAACUACAAUAAUGAGUAUUUGUAUUCUUUUUUUCUUGUGUAAAAAUCGAUGUAUAUUUCUAUUAUCGUCGAGUUAUAAUAGAACUUAUGACAUGGCACACACGUUAGUCUUAGGCUAAUCCUAAAAAAAUGUAUUCCAUGUGCAUACAGGAGAAAAUAAUUCAGAUGUUUUUCAUUGUAGAUUAAAUGUGACUUUUUGGUUUCUACAUUUUGUUCUAUGACUGCCAUUUAUAAUUUCAUAUGAAGUAGCAAUUUUUAGUUGCAUAUGGCAUACAUGAAUGAUCACCUGGAAUGUUAUAAUGUUUGUCACAAUAUUUCUCGUAAACUGAAAAGUGCUUCAGGUCGUAAGUUGGUAUAUUUCGAUAUUUUAUUGCAAAAUGUUUACAACAUGCCAUACAAUCUUUCAAAGCACAUUAAAACAUGUAAAAAUAAUAAUAAAUAAUGACAAAAUAGAUUUUUUUUUAUCAACCAAUGACAUGGCACACUUUUGAAAAGAUUAUAUAUUUUUUUAAUUCCAUCUUUGUAACUAUUUAAGUGCCACUAUAUAUUCAUCUCCAGUAACUUUUGUGUAUAUGAAAAGUAUCCAUUAAACAGAAUAUUUAUUAA